AUGAUUCGAAUCUCACGUCAACCGCGUCUCGUUCACAGCACAUCGAAACACGCAAAUGAGGGUUUCUUUGGGCAAUCCGAGAAUAUCAAAAUGCUUGAAAGUCGGGCCUGUUUGGAGAAGAUGUACGAUAUUGGAUCAACGAUUGGCAGAGGCAAUUUCUCACAGGUAUUCUAUAGUGUUCGUCGAAAAGAUGAUCACAAAUGUGCGCUCAAGGAAGUUUACAAGCAACAACUUCGUGGCAAGUGGUUUUUCGUGGAAAAUGAGGUGGAACUGAUGAUGGUGUGCAGCCAUGAUCACAUUUGCACGAUGAUGGACGCCUUUCAAACUCCAACCAAAUAUUUCAUCAUUUUUGACUAUGCCGAGAGCGGUGAUUUGUUCGAGGCCGUGAAAGCGUCGGGUCGACUCACCGAAAUGGACGCGGCACAUAUUGUUCAGCAGAUCGCUUCAGCAUUAGCCUAUCUUCAUGCGAGAAAAAUCGUGCAUCGUGAUAUUAAACCCGAAAACGUUCUUCUAUACUCGGAAAACACGGCAAAAUUGUGCGAUUUUGGUCUAGCUUGCACAAUGUUGGGCCCUCUUUAUCGUGUUUGUGGCACUCCGACAUACUGCGCUCCGGAAAUCCUAAAAGAAACCGGCUAUGGCCUUUCCGUGGACGUGUGGUCGCUGGGAGUGGUGUUGCACGUGAUGCUCGUCGGAUUUGCGCCGUUUCGUUCUUCAGACAGACAACGCCUUUUUCGUCUAAUCACAAGAGCUCAACUGAGCCUUGAUUUGCCCGAAUGGCGACGCGUGAGUCGACCGGCCAGAGAUCUCGUGAUGAAAAUGCUGAACGUUUGCGCAGAUAAAAGGCCAAAAGCGAGCGAGAUUUCAUCACAUCCUUGGGUCUCCGAUCUUGUAAGUGAACCCGAUGAAGAAGAG